GGACUCUGCAGCGAUGUGGCCGGGCCUGAAAUGUCGGUCGCGCUUGCUCUUUCGUGCCCCCCGGGCGGCCGCGGUCGCUCUCAACCGCGCUUACCACGGGGACAAGGUGGCCACUGUGGGCUCACAGCCCGACGCCGCCUCCUUGCUUUAUCAGGAAAACUAUGAACGAAUGAAAGCAUUAGUAACAAAACUCCAACAGCAAGCAGAAAAAAUCAGAUUAGGUGGUGGAGAGAAGUCACGGAACCUUCAUACAUCCAGAGGAAAAUUGUUACCUAGAGAAAGAAUUGACAGACUUAUAGAUCCUGGGUCUCCAUUCUUGGAGUUCUCGCAGUUUGCAGGUUACCAGUUGUAUGGCAAUGAAGAAGUACCAGCAGGUGGCAUCCUUACAGGCAUUGGGCGGGUUUCAGGGGUGGAGUGUUUGAUUAUUGCGAAUGAUGCAACUGUGAAAGGUGGAACAUAUUAUCCAAUCACUGUCAAGAAACAUCUGCGUGCUCAAGAAAUUGCAAUGCAAAACCAUCUGCCCUGUCUCUACUUAGUUGAUUCUGGAGGUGCAAAUUUGCCUCGCCAGGCAGAAGUGUUUCCAGAUCGUGAUCAUUUUGGUAGGAUUUUCUAUAACCAAGCAGUCAUGUCCUCACAAAGAAUUCCACAGAUUGCAGUGGUUAUGGGUUCAUGCACUGCGGGAGGAGCCUACGUCCCUGCAAUGGCUGAUGAAAGUAUUAUAGUUGGCAGGCAGGGAACUAUUUUCUUGGGCGGACCUCCCUUGGUUAAAGCUGCAACAGGAGAGGAAGUAUCAGCAGAGGAUCUUGGGGGUGCUGAUCUUCACUGCAGAAAAUCUGGUGUAACUGAUCACUAUGCUUUGGAUGAUAAUCAUGCACUCCAUUUAGCUAGAAAAGUGGUACGGAAUUUGAAUUACUGGAAGAAAGUUGAUGUGACAGUAGAACCUUCAGAAGAACCUUUGUUUCCUCCUGAUGAACUUUAUGGGAUAGUUGGAGAGCAGCUUAAAAGAAACUUUGAUGUCAGAGAGGUCAUCGCUAGAAUUGUUGAUGGAAGCAAAUUUGAUGAAUUUAAAGCCUUGUAUGGGGAUACCUUAAUCACAGGAUUUGCACGACUGUUUGGUUACCCAGUAGGAAUAAUUGGAAACAAUGGUGUUCUGUUUUCAGAAUCAGCAAAGAAGGGCACUCAUUUUAUUCAGCUGUGUUGUCAGAGAAAUAUCCCCAUUGUAUUUUUGCAAAAUAUCACAGGUUUCAUGGUUGGUAAGGAAUAUGAAGCUGGUGGAAUAGCAAAAGAUGGAGCCAAGAUGGUCACUGCUGUAGCAUGUGCUAAUGUGCCUAAGAUAACAGUUAUUAUUGGAGGCUCUUACGGUGCUGGAAAUUAUGGAAUGUGUGGAAGAGCAUAUAGUCCAAGAUUUCUUUAUAUGUGGCCAAAUGCUCGGAUCUCAGUGAUGGGUGGAGAACAAGCUGCAACAGUUUUGGCUACAAUAGCCAAGGACCAAAAAGCAAGGGAAGGAAAGCAGCUAUCUGAAGAGGAGGAAAAAGCUCUGAAAGAACCAAUCAUCCAGAGGUUUGAAGAGGAAGGCAAUCCUUACUAUUCCAGUGCACGGCUGUGGGAUGAUGGAAUUAUUGAUCCCGUUGACACAAGACUAGUUUUGGGGCUCAGCCUGAGUGCUGCACUCAAUGCUCCCACCAAGAAGACAGAGUUUGGAGUAUUCAGAAUGUGAUUUGAACGGCUUGCCAGUGAUACCACCAGAUGAUUAAUAUAAAGUCAAAUGGGCUAAAAUUCUAAGCUAUAAAAUAAAGAUUUGUGUAAAACUAUA